UAGAGUGAUAGACUCCAGAAGCUCCAGUUAUUUAGUUUACCAAAGAGAAGUUCCUGUGGUGACUUGAUCACAGUCUGAAUUAACUGGGGGCAGUUCUCUGGCGUGUUAUCCAGGAGCUCGGCCUUGAUCCCUCCUGGCCUGGGAAUCUACCAAUCUCCGCCAUGUCCACUCAGGGGACAGGAAUACAAUGUGAACAGGAUGGGCGCCCGGUGCAGCUGGUGCGUCUGGAUGAGAAAGGGGACCUGAUCCUGGACGAGGAGGCCCUGAGCCGCUGCCUGGAGCAGCGUGGGGUAGGGGACGCCCCCAUCUGCCUGGUGUCCAUCAUCGGGGAGCAGCGUCGGGGCAAAUCCUUCCUGAUGAACUGCCUGCUGCGCCGGCUCCAGCAUACGGAGGCCACAGAUGCGUCAUGGAUGGGCCGAGAGGAUGAGGCCCUGGGGGGAUUUGAGUGUACCAAUGGGACAGUGACUGUGACAAGGGGAGUAUGGAUGUGGGACCAGCCCCUCUGGGUCCAGGCCCAGGGGAGGAAGGUGGCCGUGUUCCUGGUGGACACCGAGGGCUGCCUGGACCUGCAGCGCCACAUGGAGACCAGCAUCAAGCUCUCUGUGUUCAGCACAUUGCUUAGCUCCUACUGGAUUUUUAACAUUUCCAACACGUUUACGCGCACGGAGGCAGAUUAUUUGGAGAUGUUCAUUCAGGUUGCGAAGGAGGUCGGAGAGACCUGCAAUCUGACCCCAAUCCAACGUCUGGACCUGUUGGUGCGAGACUGGCAGCUUUCCGGAGCCUUUGGUGUGGAUGGGGGACAGGAGUAUCUCAGAGACAUCACACAGGACCUGGAGGCCUCUGCUGAACAGCCCCUGACGUUGGGAGCCCUGAAGACGAGCAGCACCUGGUGUUACCUACUGCCCCAUCCUGGCACUGGGUUCACCAAGAGCAGGGCAGGGACGCCAGGUGCUGUGGAUGAGGAUUUCCAGCAGUACCUGUGUGACUACAUCAGCACCAUCAUGUGCUCAGCAGGGACACACGUCCGGACGGACCGAGCUGGGCAGAGACUGACCGGGGCUCAGCUGGCUGCCAGGAUGAAGGACAUCUCCCGAUACUUGAAGACCAAACGCUACGACUUCUCCUCCCCUGUGAAGAUGACUGAGACUUUUGCAGCGAUGAGACAGGAGUUUAACAGCAGAGCAGUAGAAGCCACCAGGAGGGAAUAUGAACAAUUUGUGCAGAAUCAGCAGGACUGUGACCACGAGAACAUGAGCAGCUGCCUGAGGGUGACGCCCCUGGAGAUGCAGCGACGGCUGGAGGGGAAAUGCCAGGAGCUGCUGGAGCGCUGCCGGGGGGAGCUGCAGGGCGAGGACCCCCAGAAACAGAUGGCCCUGGAGGGGCUGGAGCAGGGGUUGGCCAGCAAGAUGACCCAGUUCCUGUCGGACUACAGGCAGCGCUAUGAAAUGGCCGAGACAGAGGAGAAAAACAGCAGAGCAGUAAAAGACGCCAGGGAGGAAUAUGAAGAAUUUGUGCAGGAGCAGUACCGUGACCACCAGAGAUUGAUUCCCCGCCUGUGGGUGAGGUCUUCAGAGAUGCAGCAACGCCUGGAGGGGAAACGCCAGAAGCUGCUGGAGCACUGCCGGAGGGAGCUACAGGGCGAGGACCGCCAGAAACAGGCAGCCCUGGAGGAGCUGGAGCAGAGUCUGAACAAGCGGAUGGAACAGUUCCUGCGGGACUACGAUCAGCUCUUAAACGAGAAGCUCAGGGAUGCCGUGAAGGACGGUGCUGUGCUAAUAGCGACCGGACUUAUUUUACAACGCUUCAGGCUAUUCUAACUGUGACUGCUGUGGGGGUGCACAAAACUGUAAGGCAACAGAUAGAUAGAUAGAUAGAUAGAUAGAUAUAAACAACUUACCACAGGUAGCUAGAUUUCAAAGGGACACAAACUGAUUGAUUUGCAGCCAGGUCACCAAGAUCAGAAUCGAGCUCUGACCCCAUCGAUGUCAGUCAAUAAAUAAUUUUGCCCUGGAUCCUGUGCUCUGAGCCGGCUCCUGCAUCCUUCAGUUGCAAUUUUCAUUGCUUUUCAUUUUCUAAAACAGCGAGGGAAAUAGAUUUUCCUAUUUUGGGGUUUCUCACAUGAGCUUUCUCAGGAAGUGCCAAGGCAAAUCUCCCAAGACGUGAGGAGUCCAGUCCUUCAGGCUCUCCAGCCUCAUUUCCAGGAGAUCCCUCAGCUUGAGCUUCCCGUUUCUGAACUUUCUGAGCCUUAGCUUGGACAGGACGAUCUUCAUGGCUCCUGUUCUCCCUACAGACAGAAAUGGAGGUGUUACCCCCUGGGAUGGCGUCACAGCUUAGGGCCAGCAGCACCUUGGCUUCCUCUUGGCCGCUCUGUUCCCAGGAUUUAGGCCUCCAGCUUUCAUCUCCCUGCAUGGACAACAUGUCUAAUAGGCAGGGGAAGGCUGAACCUCCCCAAACAGCCCUGCGUGGCCCCAUCCACGCUCUGUCCUGUUGUGUGUCUGAGUUAAUGACUUGAGAUUGUUGAAUUGACAGGCUCAAUUGAAAUUAUUAAAUCUAAGAUUAUUAA